AUGGCAGGUGCCUGUUCCAUGCUGUGUUUGAUUAUCAUCACUAUCUUCAUCCCUCCUCUUGGCGUUUUCCUCAUCUCUGGCUGUGGCGUUGACUUCUGGAUCAACGUCCUCCUCACGAUCCUUGGGUACUUCCCAGGCCACAUCCAUGCAUUCUACCUCGAAUACGUCUACUACCAGCGUCGCGACCGGGAUCCCUUGACCCGAGCCUCGCAGCGUCCGGCUCCUGGCGUCUACUCGGAUCGCAUCCAGAAUGGAGGCCACGGGCUACCCCGGUCCACCGCAGAGCUCAUUGGCGAAUGA